AUGGGUCGAGUUGAGGCUCCGGGUGCUCUCACGGGGAACACUGAGGCUCCGGGUGCUCUCACGGGGAACACUGAGGCUCCAGGUGCUCUCACGGGGAACACUGAGGCUCCGGGUGCUCUCACGGGGAACACUGAGGCUCCGAGUGCUCUCACGGGGAACACUGAGGCUCCGGGUGCUCUCACGGGGAACACUGAGGCUCCGGGUGCUCUCAUGGGGAACACUGAGGCUCCGGGUGCUCUCACGGGGAACACUGAGGCUCCGGGUGCUCUCACGGGGAACACUGAGGCUCCGGGUGCUCUCACGGGGAACACUGAGGCUCCGGGUGCUCUCACGGGGAACACUGAGGCUCCGAGUGCUCUCACGGGGAACACUGAGGCUCCGGGUGCUCUCACGGGGAACACUGAGGCUCCGGGUGCUCUCAUGGGGAACACUGAGGCUCCGGGUGCUCUCACGGGGAACACUGAGGCUCCGGGUGCUCUCACGGGGAACACUGAGGCUCCGGGUGCUCUCACGGGGAACACUGAGGCUCCGGGUGCUCUCACGGGGAACACUGAGGCUCCGGGUGCUCUCACGGGGAACACUGAGGCUCCGGGAGCUCUCACGGGGAACACUGAGGCUCCGGGUGCUCUCACGGGGAACACUGAGGCUCCAGGUGCUCUCACGGGGAACACUGAGGCUCCGGGUGCUCUCACGGGGAACACUGAGGCUCCGGGUGCUCUCACGGGGAACACUGAGGCUCCAGGUGCUCUCACGGGGAACACUGAGGCUCCAGGUGCUCUCACGGGGAACACUGAGGCUCCGGGUGCUCUCACGGGGAACACUGAGGCUCCGGGUGCUCUCACGGGGAACACUGAGGCUCCGGACUCUCACCCUGGGAUGCUGUGCGGCGGAGAUGAGGGCCCCGGGAAGAUGUUGCCUCCGCAGCAUCCCCAGGCGAGUGAUCUCCCAGCGUUUAUGAUGCCAGAACUGUCAGGUGGUGGCUGA